AUGAACGGCCGAGACCGUCCCCGCGGACCUCCGCCAAAUCGCGGGCCUGAUCCGCGUGCAAGCCCGAGCGAUAGCAACCUAUCCAAAGCGGACCAUUUCGACGACGAGAAGAAGCGCAUCAUCCAUAGUUGCUAUGCGAAGAAGGACGCCGACGGCACUUUGGUCGAGUCCUACAUUACACACGUCCGCAUCAUCGAAGAUGCAGCGCACCCCUCCAGUCCUUCCCCGCCAAAUGCAUCACCCGAGAACAAGAAACCCCGUGUCAUUAUCGUUUCGGUGCGACGGUCAGGCCGGGUUCGCAUGCACAAAGCCCGUGAGAAUAACGAUGGAUCUUUUUCAAUUGGAAAGACCUGGAUGCUCGACGACUUGACGGCAAUUCAAUCAUUCUCCGCAUUCGUCCCCCAAUCACCAACAGAACAACAACAAAAAGAAUGGGCUGGACACGUUGGAUUCACCGUCACGAUAGGAAAGCCCUACUACUGGCAUGCCAGGACAUCUAAAGAAAAGGAGUUUUUCAUUGGGAGCUUGGUCAAGAUCUUCAAGAAAUACACGAACGGAAGAGUUCCUAACCUCAUCGGCUUCGAUGAAAGAGAGCGCCAACAGCUGUUAGGCCCAGGACUACCUGGACCCUCCGGGCCGUCGAGUGGACCCCCGUCAAGAGGAGCUGGGGCAAGCCCUGCGGAGAGUGCGGUGCCACCUUCACUACAACCGUCAUACCGAGGUCGUGAUCCUGGUCGCGAUGCACCGCGAGAACCACCCCGGAGGAAGGCUUCCGAAGACCCCAUCCUUCGUGCACAAAAGAGCCGCGAGCAGAUGUCCCGGCCAUCCACAGGUUCUCGACCAUCUACCGGCCAUGGAAAAUCGGCGCCAUCACCAUUCGAUCUGCCCAAAGCGACUCCUUCGGGGACUCAAGAGUUGCAACCUCCGCCACGAGCAACCGAGCGUAUCGCCUCGGAAGCGAAGAGCAAAGACACCCCUCCCAAUUCUAGCCACAGUGGUAUUCCAGAUUCACUCCGGCCAGCUUCCGCUCGUAGUCAGGAUCACGGACCCAAGCCUCCGGCUUUUUCCGCACAAAUUCCUUCAGACAAGUCCACAGAAAAGAUGCGCAACUCCGAUGGACUUCGUCCUAUCACGCCUGCCUCUGCCGCUGACAGUCGGGAUGCAGUCCCAAGCCCAAACAGCAGCUUCGGCCAAAGAUCACCACAACGCGAUGGUGGCGAUAAACCGUCUCCAUUGAACCAACCGCCCUUGCCUCAAGAAAGGAGUGUGCCAGAGAGCCUCUCAGUUGCGGGCCAAACAGAGUCGCGGGAAGCCUCAUACUCACCUGGAAUUGAGGGAUUGGCCGCAGAGCCUGCCGCUUUAUACGCUGCCAAUAUGGCAUCAGAGGAGCCUCAACCAGCUCAGCCCAUUGAGUCUGCCAAGGAAGUUAAGUCUGCUGAAACGACGCCAGCAGUAACCUCUCCUGCAGUAACAUCUCCCAUAGAGGAACCCUCGUCUGAACCUACUUCAGCUUCGGUGGGAGAAUCUGGAGAGCUUGAGCCACACCGUCCAGGCCUGGGUCCCAUGAUCAAGAAAAAGCCAGGCAAAGACAUUGCAGGUGCAUUCAAAAAGGCCGCAAAUGCCUACGGUGGCUUCAAACCUAGACCUGGUGGUGCUGGUGAGCGACUGCUGGCAGCCGCAAAGAAGUCACAAGCGGAGGAAGCCGGUCCUGAUGGUAUUACUGGCGUCGUUCCAGCUCCUUCACUUACCAGAUCUGCGACUGAUCCUCCCCAAAGCCCAGUGGCAGAGAAGUCGGAGACGUCUGACAAGGAUCUGCUGCAGCCACCCUCCGGGCCUGAAACACUAACCGUGGAAAUCACAGAGCCUCAACUUGAGGAAACUCCAGUCGCACCUACGGUGCCCCGUGUAGAAAUCCCUGACUCAUCCAUGACCACUCUCACGAAUAUUGUGCCGGUGGAGAACCGUUCGAGAACACCAUCUCCAUCUGGUCAAGGACGUCGCCGCAGACGCCGCGAGGACAACACGUUGAAAUAUUGCCAGGCCCUCGGAAUCGAUCCGGGUGUUCUUGAUGGACGUGGUAUUGACUUUGAUGACAUCCUUUCCGAUCUCGGGUGGAACGGCCGGUUGGCCGAUGAGCAGAAGAUUGAGGAUCUGGAAGCAGACGUUCGUCGUGAGAUUGGCCGCGUCGAGGCCACCAGCUGGCUUGGAAAUCUUGAGCAGCAGGAAGGAAAGGUUGAGCAACUUGCCAGCCUUAUCGACAGGACUAUUGAAGAGUGUGAUGAGCUUGAUGGUCUAUUGACCCUUUACUCCCAUGAGUUGAACACUCUCCACGAGGACGUGGCAUACAUUGAAGCUCAAGGCCAAGGUCUACAAGUGCAGACAGCCAACCAGAAGCUCCUUCAGAAUGAACUCCAGAACCUAUUGAAAACUCUUUCGAUCUCUUCGUCCGAGCUAGGGCCCCUCAAGGAGGCUUCAUUGAGCAACCUUGAUGGUCUCAAGGACAGCGAAUACGCUCUCUCGAUCUUGUACAAGGCCAUGCUCAUGAUCGACUCGGACAUUGGUCAGAACAAGAAGCGUCAGGUAGACUCCAGCGUUGGUGUCUAUGCCGAUACUGAGAUUGGUCAGAUGCGUGCCAUCAAACAAAAGAAGGAAGAGUACCGCUCCACUGCCUUGGUGUUCCUGCAGCGCUUAAAGCAAUUCAUGGCUAUGGCCUUCAAGAUGGCCGAACAAAAGCGAGCUGAUGCAGCGGCUAACGGUGCCAAGGAUACGUUGAAGCUUGACACUAUCGCGCGUGGCCAAUUCCGUCAAGAGAUUUGGCGGUACAAUGCACUGAUGCUUUUCGCUAAAGAGGUUAGCAUGGCAGAAUGGCAUGGUCUGGUCAAUCUCUAUGAGCAACAGUCCAAGCCCUCGUAUCAGGGUGACUUCCGGGAUAACAAUCUCGCUUGGAAGAAAACCGCUCGCAAGCCCACUGGAGAUGAGCAGGAACUUCUCUUUACCCACCAAGAGAAGGAGAAGGAAACUGAGGGUCUCACCAUGGCCGCACGGAAACUGACCGUACGACGAGGCAAGACAGUACGAGCCGCUGCUGGCCUUCGACUGGCUUCCGGGGAGAAGAAGCAAGGCAGAGUUGAGCCUUGUGAGGCCUUCUCGGGUACAUUGCGUGAGACCUUGAAAAUGAUGGCCCAGGAACAGAACUUUGUUGUUCAAUUCUUCCACCUCGAUUCUCUUUCCAGUGCGGAAUUCUCUGAUCUGGUCUCAUCAUCAAUUCCGGAAUGCCGAACGAUCCCCGACUUCUCUGUCAGCCAGUCGCACGACCCCGAUCGCGGUAUGGCGAAACGAGUGGAGCAGAUCAUGGAUGAGAUUUACUCCUUCUGGCCCAAUGACAUGCAGAGCCUCGUGGAUUGGGCGAUGCAGGCUGAUCCCCUCCAAGGAAUCGGUAUCCUAUAUGCUUUGGAGACCGCCAUGGUCGAGUUUGAUGACACGAAUCAAGAGUUCAUCCUCCACUCCCUACAAAAGAUGCACUCCCGCCUAAUGGGUCUAUUCAACCGCUUCGUCGACGAACAGAUUCGCGGCAUCGAAGACACCAAAGUCAAGGUGAACAAGAGAAAGGGCGUAAUCUCUUUCAUGCGAGUAUUCCCCAACUUCUCCAACGCAGUGGAAACAAUGCUCUCAGGCCCAUCGGGCGACAUGGUCGACAUCCGCGUCAGCGUCAACGACGCCUACGACCGCAUCAACCGCGCAAUGUGGGAAUCCCUCAAAUUCAUCGCAAAGGAAGCACCCGGCCAACCACCCGCCGUGGCAGCAGGUGCCGGAGACCCGGAAGAUAAAGAAGUCUUAAACUACCACAUCCUCCUAAUCGAAAAUAUGAACCACUACGUCGAGGAAGUCGACGUCCACAACAUCCCCUCCCUGGAACGCUGGACAGACCGCGCCCACCAAGACUUCCAAGAGCACAUGAAGCUCUACCUCGACUCCGUCAUCCACCGCCCGCUAGGCAAGCUCAUCGACUUUGUCCAGUCGAUCGAAAACCUCCUCGCUGCCGGUGGUAAUCCCACCGACAUCGCUGCCCGCGCUAGUCAUUCUCGCAUGGUGGCUAAGAAGGUUCUCUCCUCGUAUGACAACAAGGAAAUCAAGCGUGGUAUUGAGAUGCUGCGCAAGCGUGUUGAGAAGCACUUUGGUGAUGCUGAUGAUCCUGGUCUCAGCCGUAGUCUCGUCCUAAAGGUUCUGCGUGCUUGCGAGCAGCGCUAUGAGAAUGCUUAUGACCGGACGCGUCGUAUCAUUGAUACUGUCUACGAAGGUCAAUUGGAUCUAGAUUGGCGGAAGGAUGAGACGCUUAGCAUGUUCCGGAAAUAG